GCGGUGGUAGUUGGCGCGCAGAGCGGCGGCCGCUGUCAGAGCAGAGCCGCGAGCGGGCGGGACGGACGCGCCAGCAGGAGCUUGUGAGCGGCUACAGGACAAAAAUGUUUCACUUAAGGACUUGUGCUGCUAAAUUGAGGCCAUUGACGGCCUCACAGACUGUUAAGACAAUUUCCCAACACAAGCCGGCAGCACCACGGACGUUUCAACAAAUCAGGAGCUACAGUGCACCUGUUGCUGCUGAGCCAUUUUUGAGUGGGACUAGUUCGAACUAUGUGGAGGAAAUGUACUAUGCUUGGCUGGAAAAUCCCAAAAGUGUACAUAAGUCAUGGGACAUAUUCUUUCGCAAUGCCAAUGCUGGAGCUGCUCCAGGUACUGCUUACCAAAGCCCCCCUCCACUGAGCACCAGCCUGUCUGCACUGACGCAAGCACAGUCCCUGGUUCAAGCACAGCCGAAUGUAGAUAAACUAGUGGACGACCAUCUUGCAGUGCAAUCUCUUAUCAGGGCAUAUCAGGUCAGGGGUCACCACAUUGCAAAGCUUGAUCCUCUCGGCAUUAGUUGUGUAAAUUUUGAUGAUGCACCAGUAUCUGUUUCUCCAAACGUCGAUCUUGCAGUGUUCAAGGAGCGGCUGAGAUUGCUAACAGUAGGAGGGUUUUAUGGACUUGAUGAAUCGGAUCUCGACAAGGUCUUCCACUUGCCCACGACCACUUUCAUUGGAGGCAAUGAGUCGGCUCUUCCACUCCGCGAGAUCAUCCGCCGCCUGGAGAUGGCUUACUGCCAGCACGUUGGCGUGGAGUUCAUGUUUAUUAAUGACCUGGAGCAAUGUCAGUGGAUACGGCGGAAAUUUGAGACUCCAGGAAUCAUGCAGUUUACCACUGACGAGAAACGCACCCUACUGGCAAGGCUGGUGCGCUCAACCAGGUUUGAGGAGUUCCUCCAUCGGAAAUGGUCUUCAGAGAAGCGUUUUGGCUUGGAAGGCUGUGAGGUGCUUAUCCCAGCCCUAAAGACGAUCAUUGACAAGUCAAGUGCGAAUGGAGUGGAUUAUGUUAUCAUGGGAAUGCCACACAGAGGGCGUCUGAAUGUUCUCGCCAACGUGAUCAGGAAGGAGCUGGAGCAGAUCUUCUGUCAGUUUGAUUCCAAGCUGGAGGCUGCUGAUGAGGGCUCGGGAGACGUGAAGUACCACUUGGGAAUGUACCACCGGAGGAUUAACCGUGUCACUGAGAGGAACAUCACCCUCUCCUUGGUGGCAAACCCCUCUCACUUGGAGGCUGCAGAUCCAGUGGUUAUGGGCAAGACGAAGGCGGAGCAGUUUUAUUGUGGGGACACUAAAGGAAAGAAGGUGAUGUCCAUUCUCUUGCACGGAGAUGCAGCUUUUGCCGGGCAGGGUAUAGUGUAUGAGACGUUCCAUUUGAGCGACUUGCCAUCCUACACCACGCAUGGGACAGUUCACGUGGUUGUGAACAACCAGAUUGGAUUCACUACAGACCCCCGUAUGGCCCGUUCCUCUCCGUACCCAACCGACGUUGCCCGGGUGGUGAAUGCACCUAUUUUCCAUGUCAAUGCGGAUGACCCAGAGGCAGUGGUGUAUGUGUGCAAUGUAGCAGCAGAAUGGAGAAGCACUUUCCACAAAGAUGUGGUGGUUGACUUGGUGUGUUACAGGCGGAAUGGUCAUAACGAGAUGGACGAACCCAUGUUCACCCAGCCGUUGAUGUAUAAUCAGAUCCGGAAGCAGAAACCUGUGCUGCAAAAAUACGCCGAGAUGUUAAUUUCAGAGGGGGUGGUAAACCAGCCAGAGUACGAGGAAGAAAUUUCCAAGUAUGAUAGGAUCUGUGAAGAGGCCCAUGCCAGAUCCAAGGAUGAAAAAAUCCUGCACAUCAAGCACUGGCUGGAUUCCCCUUGGCCUGGUUUCUUCACUCUCGAGGGCCAGCCUCGGAGCAUGACCUGUCCCUCUACUGGUCUGAAUGAAGAAGACUUGGCCCAUAUAGGCAAGGUGGCCAGCUCAGUGCCUGUUGAGGAUUUCACAAUUCAUGGAGGUUUGAGCCGGAUUCUGAAAACCCGUGGGAAGUUGGUUAAGAACAGGACAGUCGACUGGGCCUUGGCAGAGUAUAUGGCAUUUGGCUCCCUCCUCAAAGAGGGAAUCCACAUCCGACUGAGCGGCCAGGAUGUCGAGAGGGGGACAUUCAGCCAUCGUCACCAUGUACUGCAUGACCAGAACGUAGACAAGAGGACCUGUAUCCCCAUGAAUCACCUCUGGCCAAACCAGGCUCCUUACACUGUCUGCAACAGCUCCCUGUCGGAAUACGGAGUCCUAGGUUUCGAACUGGGCUUUGCUAUGGCCAGUCCCAAUGCCUUAGUCCUGUGGGAGGCCCAGUUCGGUGACUUCCACAACACUGCUCAGUGCAUCAUUGACCAGUUCAUCUGCCCUGGCCAGGCCAAGUGGGUGAGACAGAAUGGCAUCGUGCUGCUGCUGCCCCAUGGCAUGGAGGGCAUGGGUCCUGAGCACUCGUCAGCCAGGCCAGAGCGAUUCUUGCAGAUGUGCAAUGAUGAUCCAGAUGUCUUCCCCAAACUCGAUGACUUUGACGUUCGCCAGCUGUACGACUGCAACUGGAUUGUUGUAAACUGCUCCACUCCAGCGAACUUCUUCCACGUCCUGCGGAGGCAGAUACACCUCCCGUUCCGGAAACCGCUGAUCAUCUUCACUCCAAAGUCGCUGCUGCGCCACCCCGAAGCCCGCUCCAGCUUUGAUGAUAUGUUGCCAGGCACUAACUUCCUGCGCGUAAUCCCUGAGAGCGGCCCUGCAGCCCAGAACCCCGACAACGUCAAGAGGGUGCUCUUCUGCACCGGCAAAGUGUAUUACGAGCUCACCCGUGAGCGCAAGACCCGGGACAUGGAGCCAGACGUGGCCAUCACCAGGGUGGAGCAGCUGUCCCCGUUCCCCUUCGACCUCCUCCAGAGGGAAGCACUGAAGUAUCCUAACGCCGAGCUGGUCUGGUGCCAGGAGGAGCACAAGAACCAGGGCUACUACGACUAUGUGAAACCCCGGCUCCGCACGACCAUCGACCGCGCCAAGCCCGUAUGGUACGCCGGCCGCGACCCAGCUGCUGCACCAGCCACUGGCAACAAGAAGACCCACCUGACUGAGCUCCAGCGCCUCCUGGACACCGCCUUCAACCUGGACGCCUACAAGGCCUUCUCCUAGACCCCACGCAGCUGCUGCAGCAUGCUGUCUGUCUCUUGCUCACCUCCUGUCUCCGUACUUAACUACAGACCUUGUAAACUAAAUGCCCACGCCUGGAGUCCUUGUU